UUGAUUGUAAGAAGUCUCACCUCAAACACUGUGCACGCACACAUAAACAUGAAACUCAUGAUCUCGUUCCUGCCUCUAGUUGUACAUAUACUCAAAUCUGUACAUGCAUCUGAAGAUCUAGAGGAGGGGGAAUCUGUUGUACAUAGUUUACCCCAAUCUCUCUACCCGUCCCCUAGUCCCCGAUAUCCUCCUUAUGCUCCAAACGCACCAACCCCUGGUCCUUAUGCCCCGGCACACUAUCCUCUUACUCCAGCUAGCUAUGUAUCGGAUACAGUAUACCGGAGUCCCUAUGAAAGACACGGACCUAAAGAACUCCAUGAUGCGCUGAGGACCCAGGAUAGAGAUUAUCAGCCAUUUGCUGGUCCUUACCCUGACCCUUCCCAUCCUCCGGCUCUACAUCAUCGUGUUCAACACCCUGAACAACCAUACGGUCUUCCUCACCAUCCACCUACUCCAGUACACCAACUACAGGAAUAUAAACCCUACCAGUAUGAUAUGACCAAGAUACCUGAAUGUGCUUAUGCAAACAAGCAUUACUACAAUAUCACCUUCUGUCUGCAAGAUGAUUACUAUCCAGUGGAUACGAUCAAGCAUGAAUUAGAACGAAAUAGACCCUUGGUUGAUCGUCUUUUAUCAGAUAUUACUUAUCAGUCAGCUGAUAACCUAGUGGAUGGGCUUACCAAGUUGGAGGAGGAGGGGUACACCUACGAGCACUACUACGGAGACAAGAAACAUCAGAUCUAUGGAGAGGAUUAUCAUGGUUACUCCUACGCCCAGGACUAUUAUAAAGCAGGAGGGUUUAUCUGUCCCUCAGAUAUAUUCUAUGGCAGGCCUAAGCGUGCUGUUAACACCUACGGUAAAUGGAAAGUUAUUGUGAAUCUACCGGAUGAGUACUAUGCCAAAGGGUAUGGCAUUGGGUAUGAGAAGUAUACCCAGACCCAGAGACUGGAACAGUGUAUGUAUCCUGGAGCACCUUGUAGCUUUAUAGAUUCUUCUUACUACUCAUCCUGUCUUCAGAAACAUAAUUUUGUCAGGUUGCUUGCAUAUACCUAUGAAGAGGGUUUGCAUAUCGACAGCUUUAAACUCCCAAUUUCAUGCAGUUGCCAUGUUAAACCUCCUCAGCCAUACGGAUACCAACCUCAUACAUAUCCAUACUCACCAGCUUACAAAACCAACCCGUACCAGCCAAACUACGGAUACACACCAAAACCAUAUCUGACAGAUUCCUCCUACCAUCCUGAACCUUCAUAUCAUCCUGAACCUUCAUAUCAUCCUGAACCUGUGUAUCAACCUGAAUCCAGAUCUGAAUACAGACACCUCUCCCCUGCUCCCUACCACCCCUCUCCUGCUCCCUAUCAUCCCUCCCCCGCUCCCUACCACCCUUCUCCGACACCCUACGGAAAAAAAUGAUCUCUUGAUCAAACCUUUAAAAAAAACUCUAGUUUAAUAAAAGAUCGAAUCCUGUUGACAGUCUAAACACAUACAUUGUCAAGUUUCUCUAUCAUAUCAUGCAUACGCCAUAUAAUGCCUCACCUGGCUUUCUAUUUCAGUAUUCUAGUACAUAAUGUUGCUUAUUUAUACUGUCUUGAUUGUAGUUCUACUUUUGUAUAGAAACAUAGAAAUAUAAAGAAAUUAAUCAUCAA